CGAUCUUUCUCUCCCAUCUGUACCCGCAACCCGGCCGAAUUCCCCCACGCGCUCCCCCUCGCCGCCGGCGACCUCCGCUUCUAGGGUUUUGCCCCCCGGCCCGCCCCGAAUUCCCCCAACCCGCGGGCCCCUCGAUCCCCAAUCCGGCUGAUCCCGGCCGCUCGACGGCCGGAUUGGCCGCCCUCGUCCGGCCGGUCGGCGGGAUUCGUUCUUGACCUUGAUGCAGUGCAGCUUCGGAGGGGGCUGACGACGAGGCGCGAUGUCGGGAGGAGGAGGAGGAGGCUCGAGGCCCGCCGCCGCCGCGGGGGGCUUCCCCGCGAGGGGGGCGCCGGGGGCCGCGACGGAGCCGCCGUCGCUCGCGCAGUACAUCUCGCUGGAUCAGUUCCCCGUCGGCGAGCACCGGCACUCGCGCUCCGCGGAGCUGCGGCGGGCGCUGGCCGACUCGGCGGAGCAGCCGCUCGCCGCGCUGGCGCAGGGCAAGCCGCUCCCCCCCGCGGCCGCCGAGGAGCUCCGGCGGAUCCGGGGCGGCGUCGCGGAGUCGUCGGCCAGGGCCAAGUACACGGACAGGGUGAAGUCGUUGCAGGAGUCCAUCCAGAAGCUGGACAAGUACAAGAACGUGGUCACGCGGCGCCGGCAGAGGAGCGACGGCGCGUCGGUGGAUAGGUCGUCGGGGAACGUCGGCAGCUCUCUCAGGAUCGGGGCUCAGAACAGCGGGGAUAACCCCGCCCAGAGGCUCGAGGAGAGGGCUAAGAGCUCGACCAUGAGCAAGCGUGUCCGGUCGUCGCUGACGGCAGAUGCACGGUUGGAAGGGCGUGUUAGUGUUUCUACAAGGCAAGGAGGUCCUUUGGUUGAUACUGAGAAAAACCCAUCUUUGGAGAAGGACAAAAGCUCCGUUAGAAUUGCCAAUGCCACAUCAGGGUUUUCUGAAGACAAAUUACGAGGCCUAGCUCCUGGUGGUGAAGGAUGGGAGAAAAAGAUGAAACGUAAGCGUUCUGUUGGAACUAUGCUCAAUAGAGGCAGUGAUGUAGACCGAGAUGUUAAACCAUCAGUUCAACAUAGAUCAAACAGUGAAGUACGUGGACGAUCUAGUGAUGCUAUUCCAUUUAGACAUGGAGCUUCUGCUGGAGCAUCUGGAGGUAGCAAGAUGGAUGGAAGCUCUCAACUGAGUAGUUCUGGCUCACGGUAUCUUCUGAAGACAGAGAUGGAUUCCACCCCUCUUCCAAAUGAAAGACGAGAGCGCCAUGGUGGGCUAGACAAAGAACGGGUUUUGGUGAAAGGAAACAAGGCACAUAUUUCCGAGGAUAUGCAACCAGGAACCUUAAGUCCUGUGACCAAGGGUAAAGCAACCAGAGCACCAAGAACCAGUUCGCUUGUCGGUAUCCACUCAUCAUCUACUUUGCUACGCUCAGCUGGAGGAGUUGAUGAAUGGGAAGAAGCACCGUGCACAAAUAAAGCCUCACCAUUGGCAAGCACCACAAAUCGCAAGCGUCCCAUGGCUGCAACUGCCUCUUCACCUCCUGUUGCUUGGGUGGGUCAACGUCCACAGAAAAUGUCACGGACAAGAAGAGCAAAUGUUGUAUCACCGGUGUCAAAUUUUGAUGAACCCGUAUCUGAAGGAUCACCAGUUGAUGUUGCUGUUAGGCCAGCUUUAGAAACGCCUGGCCUUUCACUUCCAAGGGGUGCAGCUAGCAAUAAUUCACAAGCUGCAUCUAGAAUGGAUAAUGUUACAUCUCCAGCUGGUCUAUCAGAAAGUGAAGGGUCUGUUGCUACUGAACACAGGAAUAAGGAAAAAGUCACAAACAGUGGCGACUUUGAGAAUGAGGGGGCAAAUUCAGCUCAUAUGGCAUCAGACUUGAUUUUCUCGUCCAAGAAAAGCAGGAUUCCGUUGAAAGAAGAACUUGAAGAUGGUAGUAUUCGUCGUCAAGGAAGGAGUGGAAGAGGCACUAUGCAUGUUAAAGGGUGUUCAUCCAUACCAAAAGAGAAGUUGGACAGCACUGAAACGAGGAAGUUGGUAAAGAGCGUAAGACCUGCAUCUGAAAAGAAUGAAAGUAAGUUAGGCCGUCCUCCAACAAAGAAAGGCUCGGACCGCAAAGCAUCAUCUCGUCACCCAGAAAUUCUGAAUUGUGGGUCAAUGGAUACUACAGGUGAAUCUGAAGAUGACCGAGAAGAACUUCUAGCUGCCGCAAAUGCUGCCCGUGGUGCAAUAGUUGGUGCAUAUGCUGGCCCUUUUUGGAAGAAAAUAGAACCCAUGCUUACUUUCAUCAGCUCUGAAGAUUUAUCCUUCUUGAAAAACCAGAUAAUAUUCUUGGAAGAACUUGAGAUGGGCAUGUCUAAUAAGCACGAUGAAGAUAAGUUAAAUGCAUCAGCUAACUACAAUGGGCCACCAUCAAUGGUUGAGCAUUCCUCCCAGGUUCUGCCUCCAUCCAAUUCUUCUUUGUUGCUGGAUCAAGGGGAAGCAAAUGGUGUUGGACCAAGGGAAUCUGUUGACAUUUUGUCUUAUAAUAAUGGCGAGAAUCAUAACAACACAUCUCAAAAGGCACAGGGGCAAGGAAUAUUUGGUGAAAUGGCUCCCCUGACAAGUAGACUGCUCUCUGCCUUGAUUGUAGAAGAUGUUGAUGACUUUCCCGAGUCCAAUGGUGUCCAAGGAGAUAUACUUCUGGAAUUCUCAAAUGACUACCUUCCUCGUGCUGCCUCAGUUGAAUUUGAAGCUACGGGGCUAGAAUCCAGUUUUGGAAUGUCUCCUGAUUUCAAGCAUUCAAACAGUAACCCAGCAUAUAACAGCAUGUCCAAUGGUUUCGCAGUUUCCAGUAAUUUGAGGGGCUCAUAUAGUCAAAGUUCAGUUUGCAGUGAGAAUCUAUCAGAUGGGAUAAAUGUUAUAGGGUACCCAGAAAACGGCUCUUUGCAUGGAUCAGUACCGCAGAUUACACAGCAGUAUCAAACUCCCGGAAAAGAUUUAUCUUUACCAUUAUAUGGAUAUCAGUAUGCGCAGAUGUCUUUGCAUGAUAGGACUUUGGUCGAGUUGCACAGUAUUGACAUUUUUCCAGAGAUGCCAGAGCUGGACGAGGGAGAGGAUGAGGAUAUUAAUAAAGUUAUUUUGGAGCUGCAGAAAAGACUCUUUGAUCAGGUGAAUCAGAAGAAAUGCCAAUUAAAUAAGCUAGAAAAAGCAAUUCGAAAUACUAAAAACAUGGAGGAAAGGAGCCUGGAGCAACACGCAAUGAACAAAUUAGUAGAGAGGGCAUACAAAAAAUUGCUGGGUGGUCGAGGUAGUUCUAGUCACAAGGGCGGUCUCAGUAAAGCAGCCAGUAAGGCUGCAAAACAGCUUGCAUUGGCUUUUGCAAAGCGAACACUUGCCCGGUGCCAGAAAUUUGAGGAAACAGAGAAAAGCUGCUUCAGGGAGCCUUUCCUUUGGAGUGUGCUGUCCGCGCCUUUGCCAAAGAGUGACCCAGUUGAUGGUGUCCCUCCAGGAUCUGCAGAUAGGCCAAAGGCCCUAAAGCUUGACAGAAGCCCAUUGAGCCAAGGUAGCACAAAAUUGAAAAAGGGCGAGAGAGAAAGGGACCAGAGCAGAGAUGGGUCUGCCAAGAACUCCAGCUCGAAAUCAGGCAGCGGCCGGAACUCGUCUGGCAGCGGCCGGAACGAGCGCAAGACCAAGAUGAAGCCAAAGCAGAAGCUAGCGCAGCUAUCAACAUCUGGAAAUGUCCUUGGCAGAGUCACAGAGCCAUCCAACUCCAGCUUCCCAUCACCGUCGCCGCGAGAAUCCAACGAGUGGAACAACCCUCUGAGCACAAGACCUACCCAGCAACCAAGGAACAGCGCGGCCAACGUCGCUCCGGAGUCCCUGGACGCCCCCAUGAACCUGCCACCGAUGGACCCCAUGGUGGACAUCCUGGACGUGCCGGAGGGCAACGACAUUAGUGCCUGGUUCACGGACGGCCUGGACGACUCGCUGCAAGACUUUGAUUUCUCCGGAGGCCUGGAGAUCCCGGACGACGAUCUCACCCAGCUAGGGUUCAUGUGAGAUGAGAGCUAUAGUAAAUAUCAUUAUAUAUAUGUGCAUAUAAUUGGAUGAUUCUUGAUGCUGUGUUAGCAAGCGCUACCUUGCUGGUUUGCCGCACUAACCACCUUAGCUGAUGUAACUAACCCCAAUUGGUAUUGGUGAGCAUCAUGAGGUGACAGCAUCUAUUAAUCUGCAGUUUCAGUCUUGAGCAUCAUGUGAAGACUAUAUAUAUGCUUCACGGAAAGUAAUUUUGGCAA